UAACAUCUUUUAUUUAAAAAAUCUUUACAUAAGUUAUAAUUUUAAAAAAAUAUUGAAAAUUAAAUUUUUAAAACUGUUUUUCGAUUUUAUAAUGAAAAUAACGUGUUUAUGUUUUAAUAGCAAAAUAACAUGUUGCACUAUUCGUACAAAUAUGUGAUUUCUUCUAUUUUUACAUAUUCUUGCGUGCCAGUUUUAGUGGCAAAAAUUACAAAUUGUGAUGAAGGACAUUUAUGCUCUUCUAAUCGUGAAUGUUGUUCUCAAGGUUGUUGUCCAACACAACCUCGAGUUGCGACGGAUCACGUUUUGAAUUUAUUUUUUAUUAAUCAUUGGUAUUUUUGGUGUGUUGUAGUUGCUAUUCUGUUAUCUAUUUUAUGUGCGUAUUCAUUGUGGAAAAAACGGAGACAGUUCUGUGGUUGGCGAUCUUCAGACCAUCACACACAAUCUGAAGGAGAUUCAGCUGGUUCAUGUUACGCUCCACCUCAGUACAGUAGAUGUAGCUCAUUUCAUCAUCCUCCGCCACCAUAUACCGAGGUUACAUCGAAGCCAGAUUUAUAUCCUUUGGUAUUUACUUGCAACAGUGAAAAUGGUAAAAACGGAACCAGUUACUUAAUGGUUCAAUAUUUUCGAAAUUAUAUAGUUCGACCCGUUGGAUCAAUUUCCGCGACUAGUACAAUUGAUUCACUGAGCUCGAGUUUUAUUUGUAAUGCAAACGAAGCAAAUACACUAGUUCCUCCUCCAUAUUCGCGAGCUACAAGCCCCGAGACUGCGAUUAAUUCACAUUUCCAGCAACAUUUCAUGAUACCAAGAUCUGCUUCUCAAACGGCUUUAUCUUCUGAUAAUUCUCACUUAAAUAAAAUAAUAUCUAAUUUAAUAAAUACGGAAAACACUGUUAAUAAUAUAAAUAACGGUAAUAAUACGAAAUGCGAAACUAAAAUAACUAACAAUAUUACGCAAACAGGGAUUAAUAACGAAGAUCAAAGUUUAGUAUUAAGAGAGAACUCGUUAGAGGAAAUUAAUUCACAACAGUUUUGUAAUAUUCUCAUGAGCAAUCCAUGUUACAGUGAUAUUUUUGCAGCCAAUAACUUUAAACAAACAAAGGGCGCCGUUAUGAAAAAUAAUUUCACUAACGAACAUCCAUCAAACAAUAUGAAUUUUUCAGGUAGAAAAAAUAAUAGCACAAGUCAAUUUUUAAAUAGUAAUAAUCCUAUUUAUAACUCAUGUGGUUCUGUCGGUGGGAUAUCAAUUACAGUUCCUGUUACUAGGGAAAAUAGUAACGAUUAUCGAAAUUCGGACGUAUUUAGAAGAAGUUUAGAAACAUGCUGUCAAAUUCUACAACAACAACAUUUUCCACCGCAGAAUUUUACAAACGAUGCCAAUUUAUCAUUAUUAAAUGAUGAUGGGAGAAAAAACGGUUUACCCUCAAAUUAUUUAAGUUCCACUACUUGUUCUGUUGUUAGUAGUUUAGCAAAUAUAGACACACCAUCUUCACCACCCCAAGCAAUAUCGCCCACAGGUGAUGAAGUGCGAGAUGUUUUAGAAAGUAUUCGACAACUAGAAAUAGAUGACAUAAGCAUUAACGAUUUAAAAAUUGAACCUAAAAAUUCAAUUAAAAAACGGCCUUCGGCAUUAUCUAGCAGAACAAAAAUUUCAAGACAAAAUAAAUCUGUUUAUAUUCCGAUAUGGAAUCCAAAUAUGAGAUCAAUUAAGAGUCCAGUUAAUGGAAAUAAUUUUUUCCGAGGACGUAGACAUUGGAUUUCAAAGUCCGCCCCAACAACACCGGGCACAAGCUUGCCGCAAGAACUCAUUGAUAAUUUAGAUCAAAGCCCGUUACUUCAGCAACAUGAGGAAGAAAACGAAUAACAUUCAAAUAAUAUCGGAAAUCACUGGAUGCUUUUUAGCUUACUUUUUAUAUUUAAGAAAAUCUAUAUACAUUUACAAAUUCGGAACACUUAUACUUAUAGCAUUUAGUUUUCGUUUUAAUUAAAAAAAUAUAUUACGUAAAUAUAA